CCGCCGCCCCUGCGCACCGCGCGACGCCCGCCAGGCCCGGGCCGCCCGCCCGCCCGCGGCCGCCGCGCCCCUUCCUCGGCCCGGGCCCCCGGGCGGCCGAGCCCCGUCAGGCCGGGGCGGCCCGGGCCGCGCCCACCAUGCCGCCCGGCAAGGUGCUGCAGCCGGUGCUGAAGAUGAAGGUGGACGAGCUCUUCCUGUGCUGGCUCAGCGAGGCCAGCACGCAGCGCAUGCUGCAGGACGGCCUGCACCGCAUCAAGGCGCCCGGCCCGGCCGCGCUGGCCGCCGGGGACGCGGGCCCGCCCGAGGCCUGGCCGCCCGCCUGCCGACCCGCCGCGCCCGAGCCCCCGGGGGCCGCCGCCGCCACGCCGGGGCCCGCGCCCGCGCUGCCCCUGGGAGCCGCCGCCAGCCCCCGGCUCGGGCCGCACGCCCGCGGCGCCCGCAGGUCCGCCGGCCCCAGAGCAGUCCAGGCAAAGAAGGCAGAGCCGCUGCCCCCGGCCACCAGCCGCAGCAUCCCAGCGUUCUACUUCCCCCGGGGGCGCCCCAAGGACACGGUGAAUGUGGACGCCAUCAUCACCAGCAUCGAGCGCACCUUCGCUCAGUUCCCUCACGAGAGAGCCACCCUGGAGGACAUGGGCAGAGUGGCCAAGGCCUGUGGCUGCCCGCUGUACUGGAAGGGGCCACUCUUCUAUGGAGCCGGUGGAGAGCGCACAGGCUCUGUGUCUGUCCACAAGUUCGUGGCCAUGUGGAGGAAGGUCCUCCAGAACUGCCACGACGAUGCCGCCAAGUUCGUCCACCUGCUCAUGAGCCCUGGCUGCAACUACCUGGUGCAGGAGGACUUCGUCCCCUUCCUGCAGGACGUGGUGAACACGCACCCUGGCCUGUCCUUCCUGAAGGAGGCGUCCGAGUUCCACUCCCGCUACAUCACCACCGUCAUCCAGAGGAUAUUCUACACCGUCAACAGGUCCUGGACCGGGAGGAUCACCUGCACGGAGCUCCGGAGGAGCACCUUCCUGCAGAACGUGGCCCUGCUGGAGGAGGAGGCGGACAUCAACCAGCUGACGGAGUACUUCUCCUACGAGCACUUCUACGUCAUCUACUGCAAGUUCUGGGAGCUGGACACAGACCAUGACCUGCUCAUCGACGCGCAGGACCUGGCCCGGCACAACGACCACGCCAUUUCCGCCAAGAUGAUCGACAGGAUAUUCUCCGGAGCCGUGACACGGGGCAGGAAAGUCCAGAAGGAAGGGAAGAUCAGCUACGCCGACUUCGUCUGGUUUCUGAUCUCCGAGGAGGACAAGAAGACCCCCACCAGCAUCGAGUACUGGUUCCGCUGCAUGGACCUGGACGGGGACGGGGCGCUGUCCAUGUUCGAGCUGGAGUACUUCUACGAGGAGCAGUGCCGCCGGCUGGACAGCAUGGCCAUCGAGGCCUUGCCCUUCGAGGACUGCCUCUGUCAGAUGCUGGACCUGGUCAAGCCCCAGAGCGAGGGGAAGAUCACGCUGCGCGACCUCAAGCGGUGCCGGCUCGCCGACGUCUUCUUCGACACCUUCUUCAACGUGGAGAAGUACCUGGACCGCGAGCAGAAGGAGCAGGCCUCCCUCCUGAGGGAGAGCGAGAGCGAGGGCCCUGAGCUGUCCGACUGGGAGAGGUACGCGGCGGAGGAGUACGACGUCCUGGUGGCGGAGGAGGCGGCGGGCGAGCCCUGGGACGACGGGUACGAGGAGGAGCUCAGCCCUGUGGACCAGAAGCUGAGCGCACUGCGGUCCCCGCUGGCCCAGAGGCCCUUCUUCGAGGUGCCCACCCCGCUGGGCGACGUCGACCUGUUCGAGUUCGCGUGUGGGGACGAGGACCUGCGGCCGCUGUGAGGCCCGCGGCCGGCCGUGUCCCGUUGAUCGCCGAGCUGUCCUGAACCCGCGUGCGUUUGUAUGGAAUGGCCGACUUUUAUUUAUUCUCCGCGGAACUUGUCAAGGUGUUGCCGACGGCGCACGUCCCCACCCCGAGGGACCGACGCUGGUCCACCAACCCCAGGCCACCGGGCCGCAGGCCAGGCUCGGCUGCGGGACGCCCGGCCCCGCAGACCCGCUGCUGCCCGGCGGGUCGGGCGCCCCUCCCCGCCACGCCCCGGACGCCGCCUGCGCACUGCGCGCCCUUCCCCGCGCGUCGCUGGCGAACAUUCCAGAGCACCUGUGGCCGCCGCCGCUCUCGUGCGGUCGCGGCACAGAGGCGUGCGGAGAGGACUUGGACCUGCUGUGCAGCCAGCCUGACACUUUCACGCGGUCACGUUUGUAUUUUUGAAUAAAAAUUUAAAGAUUUUCA